CAAAACCCCCACGUUUGUAUUGAUCGAGCGUCUCCAGCGGUUAAUUUUUAAAUCCUUCCCUACACAUUGCUUUCCACGUUGCAGGAUAAAACUUGUUCUAGUGGACGGAAAGUUACCACAAAACGGAGAAAAAUGACACUCUCCUCAAAGGCUCGGCGUCUCAAACAUCGACCGUAUCAUUUCAAAUCCAAGUUCAUAACUGCUGAGCUGGCCCGUCUGUUCUGCCAAUCAGACAGCGAGGAGGAGUUUGAAGGCUUCAGCGAGAAUGAGGAAGAAGAGGAUGGAGGAUGUUUAAAGAAACGACUAAGAAAUAAGGUUGUGGAUCCAGCGGAGGACAGUGAUGUGGACACGGGCUUUUAUUCUGAUGGCGAGGAGGACCCCCCGACAAAGAGGAGGAGUCUUUUAGUAGCCCUGAGGUUUCCCAUCAAAAGACUGUCCUCCCCCAAACAGCAGUCACAAGAGAAAAAGACCUCAAAGCCAGUCAAAGAAAAUCCUCCUCCACGGACGACUAGAGGAAGGAGGGCAAAAAAGAAGCAGCAUGAGGAGGAAGAAGAAGAAGAAGAAGAGGAGGAAGAGGAGGAGGAGGAAGAAGACAAAGAGGAGGUCCUGUCUCAGAGCCUAACGAAACGGAACAAGAAUAUCCAAGAAAACAAGGCCAUGCUGGCUAAGCUGUUUGCUGAUUUGAGCACUAUGGCAGACCUCACUCAGCCUACCACCCCUCCAAAGAAGAGGCGAGUGACGGAGAAAGUGACACCGCGGAAACGCAAGUUUGAGCGAGACCUCGGCUCUGAGAGGAGGAACCCGUCCCGCAAGGCUCGUCCUCCUGAGAACUUUGGGGUGGAGGAAAAGAGUGAGCCGCUUAGUCGCAGAAGCCCCAGAACCGUAGACAUCAAGAAACUGGUGGAGGUGGAUGGCGAACUGGCUGGUAAAAGAAAGAAAAAGAGGAGGAGUCAAUCUUCUAGGAGGAGUCGGUAUGUGGUGAAGUCAGUGGAUGAGAUCACCAAAGAAGACCUGGACAACAUAGCAUACCGCAGCAAAGACAAGAUCUGGGACAAGGAGAACGGCAGCUCAUGUCACCAGUGCAGGCAGAAGACUCUGGACACCAAGACAGUGUGUCGCAGUGGUUUCUGUGCAGGGGCCAAAGGUCAGUUCUGUGGACCGUGUCUGAAGAACCGAUACGGAGAGGACGUUUACACCGUGCUGCUCGAUCCGACAUGGUCGUGUCCCCUCUGCAGAGGGAUGUGUAACUGCAGUCUGUGUCGUAAGAAGGAGGGCCGCUGUGCUACUGGUAUCCUGGUGGGCCUGGCUCGCUACAGUGGCCACGACAAUGUUCACGAGUAUUUGGAGAGUAUUCAGAAGGACCUGCAGUGAGGCCCAGAGGACUGACCAGAGUCAACUUGCUCAUAUAGCAGAUAGAGCAUAGGUUCCCGUGCUGCAAAGUACUGUAGGAACCAUCUUAAAGCACAAUUUUAGGUUUUAGAGCAAACUUUUAUACAACUAGACAAACAAAAGCAAAGGUUUUCUUUUAACGUCACCUUCUGAUGAGGCACACCUACUGUUAAUAUGUUUUAUAUAUCCUGAGUUGAAGCUGCAUGAGAUGCAGGAAUGUUUUUAUUGUUUUUAAGCCAGUAGUUGUUUUUAUUUUUGUUGUUUUUUGGAAUAUUUCCAAUGUUAAUGUUCACCAGGACAAUUGUCACGUCUUAAUUUCUGUGUUACGGAGCCAUUUAUACGAACAACUUCACUGCAGCCCUGUCAGUCCACUGUAAAUAUUAAUAAAGAAGAGCGUUGUCGAAAAUA